AUGACGCUGCGUUGUCAUGUGGGUUUUCUCUCGCACGCGCGAUGCUUGUUUUGCUCCUUAGCGGUACGAUUGAGAUCUACAGGUUCCCUAGUAUUCAUCUCAAAAAUGAAUACCGCUAUAUCUCUCUUUCUGUACACGAUUGAACAGGUUACGCCUGCCCAAUCACGCGCACUGAAUCAACCAUGCCUGGUCCUGAGCUUCUACGAUGCGCACGACAUAUGGCACUUUAUGUCUGCCAUAUCCAUGUUCUUCUCAUUUUUGGUAAGCAAAUUUUUAGAUGUAUUGCCUUUCACUAAAGUCCGUAAUAUUUCAUUGUUCUUAGUAUUCGCAUGA